AUGGAAAAAGGAAUCCUUUCUACAUUGAUCCAAUUCUAUGAUGCAUUGUAUCAUUGCUUCAUCUUUCCUGAUUAUAAAUUGCUACCAACCAUGGAAGAAUAUUCAAGCAUCAUUGGAUUGCCUAUUAUUGGAAGGAUUCCCUUCACUAGUUUAGAAAAAUAUCCCAAGUCUCAUGAGAUUGCAAAGUUUACUUACUUGAGGAAAGAUGAGAUUGAGAAGAACCUGGUUACUAAAGGAGGAUUACCUAGGUUUCCUGUUGAGUUCUUGAUUGAGAAAGCCCUCACCUUGUUACAAGAAAGAAGAAAAGAUGACUUUGAGGCUGUGUUUGCUCUAUUGGUCUAUGGAUUGUUUCUGUUUCCAAAUACUGGCAACUUUGUUGAUAUGAUUGCUAUUAAGAUCUUUAUGAAAGGAAACCAUGUUCCUACCUUGAUUGGGGACACUUACUACUCCAUCCAUCUAAGAAAUUCCUAUGGAAAAGGAAUGGUUACUUGUUGUACUCCUAUGCUAUACAAGUGGUACAUCUCUCAUCUGGCUGACACCCAUGAGUUCUGGCGUCACAAAGAAGGACUAAGUGGGCCACACAAGAUCAUGACUCUUACCAACACUGAUAUUGUUUGGAAUAACAAUCACUUUUGUAGGAUGAAGACUUUGGAUUGCUGUGGUGAUUUCCCUAAUGUGCCCCUCAUUGGUACAAAAGGAGGAAUCAGCUAUAGCCCUGUGUUAGCUCGUCGUCAAUUUGGCUUUCCUAGGGAAAAAGAGCCAAGGAACAUUUUAUGGAAUGGGUUCUUUCUUGAAGAAAAGGUUGAAAACAAAGAGUUUAGGGAAAGGAUUGCUAAUGCUUGGAAUCCAAUCCAUAGGAAGGAAAUUAAAGAUUGGAAGACAAAAGGAGAUCUUUCACCUGAGCCUUUUGAAAGCUGCAUUGGUUCAAGAGCUGUUGAACUUAGGAUGCCCUGUCUCCCUGGGACAUCUCUACCUCCUGUUAGGAAGUCUCCUCCAUCUGUUGUGUCUCCUCCAACAAUUGAAGACCUCCAAGAAGCUCUAAGGAAGAUGAAGAAGUCAAGAGAUCAUUGGAAGAAGAAGUUUGAAUACUCUGAAGCUGAGUUAGGAAUGAUGGAAGAGUCCUAUGGUGAUCUAAUCAAGGAGAAAGAUGAUCUACUGUUCCUCCAAGAUGGAUGGCUCAUAAAGAAGGAUGCUACCAUUGCCAAGUAUGCAAGAGAAAAAAAGAAAGAAAGAAGAAGAAGCACUCUCUCCAAAAGAAGCUGCAUGGAAGAGUAUUAUUGA